AUGCCUCUUCUCACUCUUCACCUUCUCAGCCUUCAGCCUGGCACGGAUGUCAAGCUAUUUGUGAAGAAUGUUCGCAGCUCCCCAGACGUCGAGGUGGUAGUGGCUUCACGACCCCGGCGACUCGUCAUUCGUCCUGAGGUUAUUGACAUCCAUGCAUUGACCAGUGGGAAAUGGGAUCUUUUAUUGCUCCUCCGAUCGCCUGGAAAUGGCAUCCCUCCGGCUUUACGGUCUGCCAUCAGCGAUGAGUAUUCGGUGCACACUGGAGUUCCCUCCAAGCUGCUCAAGGCGUACCCAGAGGCCGAUGCGAAGCUGAAAAGGGAGGCUUCAUCAGCUCGGCUAACUGGCGCCUUGGAAAAAGCGCGCAACAAGCCCUCCUCCCAAAGCUUAGAAUUGUCGGCGGAUCUGCUUGCCUUUAUGGAUGAGCUAGUCAGGGAGCAUGACAAGCCAGUUACGAUGCUGAACCUUCUCCACUUCCACCCCAAUGGGAAACCAGAGUACUACAAGUACGGACAGGGUUUCGCUUCAGUUGCCGGAAAGCGAGGGGGCAAUGCGAAGAUUGUCGGAAACGUCGUGAAACCUCCCAGUGGCCAAAUCGAUUCCAGAGGGGAUGCUGAUAAAUCUGAGAAUGAAUGGUGGAACGAAAUAUCUAUUGUUCACUACCCAUCCAUCCGCCAUUUCUGCGAUAUGUUAGCAGGCGAAGACUAUCAAGAGAUCAAUUCAAAGUAUAGACUUGGGGCUCUUCGAGAUACGAUGCUUCUCUGCACGACAGAAUUCGAUGUAGAAGAGACACCUCCCAAUUCUAAAUUGUGA